AUGGCGCCGACCCUCUCAGCCAACCCAACAGUCACACUCACCCCGGAGCCUCUUACACCGGAGAACUUCGCACGAUUCGGCACCGCAGUGGUCUCCCCAUUACCGCGACAACUAAAUAUUGCCCCUCAACCAUCAUCCCUACCGCCACGUAACCCUACCCCGGUCCUGGCGAACCAAAAUUCUGCUCUCAAAUACAGUCCUAUCUCCCCGCUCCUCGACCGCUACACAAAUGCCUGUCCAAGCGGCCAGCCCUCCGAGGCACGCAUGACCAUGUUCUGCUGUUUCCCGCGGAAAUUGCGCAAAUUGCGCGCUGUCAGCACCGGCCCCCAGCUGUCUGACACGGAGGUCUUUGAUGUGCGGAUCCUGGAGCGCCACCCGUUUACAAAUCAGACUUUCAUUCCCGUCGACCUAUCGGCCCAUAGGAAGGUCGGGGAUGGCGAGGAAGAACCGCUGUUUUUGGUUGUUGUUGCCCCCACUUUGAAGGGGAGAACGGCUACAGCGAUGAAUGAGGCCGGUGAGACAGUUACUAUUCGUAACCCACCUGAUUUAGAUAAUGUUAAAGCGUUUAUUGCCCGUGGUGGCCAGGCGGUAACUUAUGGUGUUGGGACAUGGCAUGCUCCCAUGGUUGUUUUGGGUCGGAGGAGGGUUGAUUUUGUCGUUGUGCAGUUUGUUAAUGGGAUUGGUGAUGAAGAUUGUCAGGAGGCUGCGUUUGGAGAGGGUAUUGUAGUUGAUCUUGGUCGGAAGGGUCAACUUAGUCCGGCUGAGAAGGGGGCGGGACUGUGGUCGGCUAAGUUAUGA